AUGUGCUUAAAAAGCGUGUUUUUUAAGUUUUUUUAAACUAUAUUUAUCUUAUCAUAAUGAUUGUUAACUUUGAAGGUUAAAAUAGGUCGAACGAAGACAUUUAUUGGUAUGAUAUGUAAAUAGUACUCUAUAGUAAUGAAAGUUGUAGUGACUGGUGCCUCUGGACUUUUAGGAAGAUCAAUUUAUGAACGUUUUACUGAUGAAAAAAAUUGGUCUGUGUUCGGUACUGCUUUUAAAAGAGCUCAACUUGGAUUAAAUAAAUUAAAUUUAUUGAACAAAAAGGAAGUAAGUGAUAUGCUAAAUACUGUUAAACCUGACAUUAUCAUUCAUUGUGCAGCGGAACGUUUUCCUGAUAAAGUAGAAUCUGAUCCUCAAACAGCUUAUGACCUCAAUGUUGGUGUUACCGCCCAUCUAGCAAAUGAAGCAAAUCAACUUAAUAUUCCAUUAUUGUAUAUAAGUACUGAUUACGUAUUUGAUGGUAAAAAAAGUCCAUAUAAAGAGUCUGAUGAACCGUCACCUAUAAAUGAGUAUGGAAAACUUAAACUAUUGGGAGAGAAAAAAGUUUUAUCCGCUAAUUCAAAAAACAUUGUUCUUCGUAUUCCAAUACUCUAUGGAACAGUUGAAACUUUGGAAGAAAGUGCUGUUACUAUAUUAUUUAAAGGAUUGAAGAAAAGUCAACAACAAAAUGAAUUUUUCAAAGUAUCUAACUAUGAGUUGCGUAAUCCAUCUAAUGUUAAAGAUAUAGCGCACAUUGUAUUUAAACUUACAGAACUAAAACUUCAUGAUGUUAAUGAUAUAAAUGGAAUUUUUCAUUGGUGUGGGAAAGAAGUUUUAACUAAGUAUGAUAUGGUAGUAAAAAUGGCUAAUGCUUUUGGUUUGAGUCUAGAUAGAGUGAUUCCUGUUACAGAACAAAUUGGUGUUCAGCGACCUUACAAUACUUGUCUGGAUGUAUCCCGAAUUGAACAACUGGGUAUAGGUUAUCACACACAUUUUGAUGUUGGAAUAAAAUCUGUACUAGCUAAAUGGAUUUAAUAAAAAAAUUUUUUAUAAUAUAA